UGAAGCUUCAACUCUCAAUUUCGAUAGCUUCCAUCUUCGCAGCUUUCUAGCCUUACAACCCUUUACUGAUUGAUCCUUUUACCAUCUAUCCUGAGGUACUCGAUUGGUUCUAGUUGGCUAUUAAUCCCUCUAUCUACAUCAAAUAUAAUCCUUCAAUAUGGAUUAUCGAUCGCCUUCACGAGACCGUUUUGAGUCGCGUUCCCCGACCCCCAAGUCGCGUUAUUCUCGAUCGCCUUCGCCAGUUCGACGACGUCGAUCCCCUACAAAAUCGCCAUCCCCUGCUCCCCGUCGCAACGGCAGGCUCCGCAGCGAGAGCAGAAGCUCAAGUCGUGAUCGUGAUGACCGGGGUAGAAGUGAGAGUCCGCUUAGGGGCAGUACUAAGAUCGUCGUCGAAAAACUGACGAAAACUAUCAAUGAGGAUCAUUUGCACGAGAUCUUUGGCCAGUAUGGCCCUAUCAGAGACCUAGAUAUGCCUAUGAAUCGACAGUACAAUACCAAUCGUGGUACAGCUUACAUCCUCUACGUCCACGAGGCCGAUGCCGAGGCGGCUAUUGCUCACAUGCAUGAAGCUGUCCUCGAUGGAGCAGUUAUCAAUGUUUCUAUUGUUCUACCCCGACGCAAAUUCUCGCCUUCUCCCCCGACUGCGAGCCGUGGCGCAAAUAUCGACCCUCGACUCCCGGCGCCCGGUCCUAGAGGCUCUGCCAGAACUGGAGGCGGAAGAGGGGCUGGAUUCGGCGGAGGAAGGCCGCCACGCUCGCCGCAACGUUUUGGUCGCCCCGGUCGUGAUAACUUCGACACCUACCGACCGCGAUCAUACUCGAGAUCCCGGUCUCCGCCUACGCGCCGUAACCGUAGUCCUUCGGGUUCUUACGCAUCUAGGUCUCGGUCUCCUCCAAGAAGACGGGGCGGAAAGAGAGAGAGCUACAAUGAUUACGAUAAUGAUAGACGACGUAGUCCCAGUUAUGACAGCAUCCGAGGUCGCAGUCGUUCGCGCAGCCGUGGUAGGGGAUACCGCUAAUCCAAAGAACUAUUCUUUUUUCUUUCUUUGCAUGUCGAUGGGCGUUUGGCAGGGAAUAAGGAAUACCAGAUCAUGGCAAGGAAUUCUUCAUGAGGUUGAGAUUACGAAUUUGGUAGUAGUACGUUUGUUUAUUUUUCAUCAAGCUUCCCUACGUCGGCUGCUUAUGGUCCUUCCAGGUUACCAUGUCUUAUAACACCCGCGGCCAUGAUACUAUUGCGCAUUACGUACCUAAUGUAGCUCGUCCGGUAGCAUAUUCUUAAUAAUAACGGGAUCGUUCCAACAAUCCCCUGGCUAGGUCGUCGAGAAGUUAUCCCGAUACCUCGUUUCCUUGGUAAACGACUGUUUCCCUAAUUGUUGAUACUAGCAUUAAUUCAUAGUGAUUUAUCAUCAAAUUUCACUUCUCUAUAGUGGCUUCGGCGUUUAGCUCCAUCGUGGUUUCGAACCUGGCUCAUUUUUGCGGAUCCCCUAUACGUUGCUUGAUCG